UAUUUAUUCAUCUCACCAUAUCUAUAUCUAUUUCUAUAUCUACCUUUUCCUCAUAGUAUUUCAUAUCGUAUUCUUACUCAACCAAACACACACAAAAAACAAAACAAAAUGAAACCUAUGACCACUUUUCUCUUGUUCACUACUCUUAUUCUCAUAGCUUCAUCCUCUUUUGCAACCCGAUCCGUUUCAUCUGGAUCUUCUCCUUCUACUCAAACCAAACACUCUAACCCUAACCCUAAGGACAACAACAAUAACAACCAAGGUGGUGGUAUACCAGGUGGUGUUUUUGGACCUGGAGGAGGUUUUAAUAUUCCGGGUUUUGGAAACGGGUUCGGUAAUGGAUUUGGAGGUGGAUAUGGAUCCGGGUAUGGAGGUCCGAAUGGAGGACACUCUAAGAAUGGUAUAAUAAGAUCUUCUGUUGUAUGCACUGAGAAAGGUCCAUGUUAUCAGAAAAAGUUGACAUGUCCAGCUAAGUGUUUCUCUUCUUUCAGCCAUUCCGGUAAGGGGUACGGUGGUGGCGGCGGUGGUGGUGGUUGUACCAUUGAUUGCAAGAACAAGUGUAGUGCUUAUUGUUGAGUAAAGUGCAUUUAUUAUAGAUAUGUAUUGCAAGAGUUGUUGUUUUCUAGUACUAGAGUAUAGUACUAGAAUAUUAUUAUGUGUAUGCAAUGACUCAUAAUAUAUGGUUUUGAUCAUAUACUUUUAGAUAAAUAAAUAGAAAGUAGAUAAAUUUUCUAUGGAGCUUAUGUGCUUUUGAUUAUGUCUACUUCUAUGUCGAUAUUGUGGAGUGUAUUUUUGAUUAAUAUAUAUAAAGAGAAUAUUAUAUAGUUUACUA